AUGUCCUCAGAAUCAUCAACACUCGUGCAUGACUGGCCUGGGCGAUAUCAUCAUAUAGAUCAAGUCCUGAAUACCCCUGGGCCUCGUACAGACCCUGGCUUUCUUGCCGGAGAUGGGGUGAAGGACUUCCUCAGAAAUAAAGCCAAGAUCUUGGUCAUCGGUGCAGGAGGCCUUGGUUGCGAAAUUUUGGCCAACCUAGCACUGACGGGGUUCAAAGACAUUCAUGUAAUCGACAUGGACACGAUUGAUAUUAGCAAUCUCAAUCGACAGUUUCUAUUUAGACAAAAAGAUGUUGGGAAACCCAAAGCUACUGUAGCUGCACAGUUCAUCAUGAACCGUGUGCCAGGAGUCAAGGUGACACCAUACUUUGGGAAGAUUCAGGAUAAAGAUGACGACUAUUAUCUACAAUUCGAUCUUGUCAUUUGUGGACUCGACUCGGUGGAAGCACGACGGUGGAUGAACGCGACCCUUGUAAAUCUCGUUGACCCUGAGAAACCUGACAGCCUAAAGCCUAUGAUUGAUGGCGGAACUGAAGGUUUCAAGGGCCAAGCUCGCGUCAUUCUCCCCACCAUAACUUCUUGCUAUGAGUGUUCAUUGGAUAUGCUCAACAAGCCGACUGCCUUCCCAAUCUGUACAAUCGCAAAUACACCUCGACUUCCAGAGCACUGCAUAGAAUGGGCUUCUGUACUAGAAUGGCCUCGUGUUCAUGGAGAUAAGAAGAUGGAUACCGAUGAUCCCGACCAUAUUGGUUGGCUUUACAAAGUCGCUGCCGCUCGUGCUGCUGAAUUCAAGAUUGAAGGUGUAACCUGGUCUCUAACCCAAGGAGUAGUAAAGAAUAUUAUUCCUGCUAUCGCAUCGACUAAUGCUAUCAUAGCUGGCACUGAUGGUGUUUAUUCAUAUACUUUCGAACAUGAAAAACGAGACGAUUGUCCAGUCUGUGGAGGGGAAGCAGUGGACAUGACAAUCAAUUCCGACACGACAGUCGAGCAACUUAUCGAAAUUCUGAUCGAAAAGCAGGAUAUCCAAAUCAAGAAACCCUCGUUAUCCACUUCCACCAAGCAGAUCUACCUCCAGGCACCGCCGCAACUUGAGCAGGCGACAAGGCCCAACCUGGAGAAAAAGGUUUCAGAACUGGUUCCUCCAGGAGGCGAGAUUACUGUUACAGCAAGUACUUUGCCAUUCAGUUUAUCUCUUCGUAUCUCGUACGAAGCCUAA